AUGCUCUCAAGAGAGUGGUGGAAGAAGCGCUCCUUGCGAGUGCGGGAUGACAAGGUCACAAAGGCAGCCGAACUCUCCCUCCGAGAAUCCCUUGUCCCCAUCUGUCUCGUCACCAUCCUCUUCUUCCUCUGGGGCUUCAGCUAUGGCCUGCUUGAUACCUUGAACAAGCACUUCCAGGAGACACUCCACAUUACAAAGUCGAGAUCUGCUGGUCUUCAAGUCGCUUACUUUGGCGCCUAUCCCCUCGCCUCCCUCGGUCACGCCGCUUGGAUCCUUCGCCGCUUCAGCUACCGUGCUGUCUUUAUCUGGGGUCUCUUCCUCUAUGGCCUCGGGGCCCUCCUCGCGAUCCCAUGCAUCAAGGCCCACUCCUUCGCCGGCUUCUGCGUUUGCAUCUUCAUCAUCGGCAACGGCCUGGGCUCUCUCGAGACGGCCGCCAACCCGUACAUCACUGUCUGCGGGCCCCCCCGAUAUUCGGAAAUCCGCAUCAAUGUCGCCCAAGCCUUUAACGGCAUUGGCACCGUCGUAGCCCCCGUCCUCGGAUCGUAUGUCUUCUUCGUCUUCGACGAGGAGGUCGCCCUCCAGAACGUGCAAUGGGUAUACACCGCCAUCGCCAUCUUCGUCUUCUUCCUCGCCAUCGUCUUCUACCUCAUCGAACUGCCCGAGAUCACCGACGCAGACAUGCAGCACCAAGCCGCCGAAACCCACGCGGGCGAGGCCGACCAGCCCUUCAGGAAACAAUACCGCCUCUUCCACGCGUCGUUCGCCCAGUUCUGCUACACUGGCGCACAGAUCGCCAUCGCCGGGUACUUCAUCAACUACGUGACAGAAACUCGCAAGAACACCGAUUCCGCCCUAGGAGCCCGCUUCCUAGCUGGUGCUCAGGGGUCCUUCGCCAUCGGCCGCUUCGUCGGCGCAGCCAUCAUGCACUUCGUCCGCCCGCGCAAGGUUUUCCUCGUCUUCCUUACCGCCUGCAUCAUCUUCAUUGCCCCUUCGGUCACCCAGAGAGAAAAUACGGGCAUGUCCAUGCUUUAUGUUACCCUCUUCUUUGAGUCUAUCUGCUUCCCUACCAUCAUGGCGCUGGGUAUGCGCGGACUCGGUAGGCAUACGAAGCGUGGGUCGGGCUUCAUUGUCGCUGGUGUCUUUGGUGGUGCCGUUGUUCCUCCGCUUAUGGGCGCCGUGGCGGACAUGCAUGAUACGGCGAUGAGUAUGGUUGUUCCGUUGGCGUUCUUUGUUGUGGCUUGGAGCUAUGCCCUUGCUGUCAACUUUUGGCCUUGGUAUAGGGAUACUUGUGACGCCUUCACUACGGCGGAUAUCGGUGUCAGGGAGAGGGAGGAUGGUGUGGUUGGGGAGAUCUCUGCCAAGGCCGCCGUUGAUGAGGAAGAAGCUGUGGGUAUAGAGAGGCAGACGGCUGGUGAGAAGGGCAUGUAG